AUAAAUAAGCCCCCUUUCUUCAUUGACACCUGUAUAAGGAUAAGCAUGAAGUUUAUGAUACAAAUACAACUUCAUUGGAUGAAGAAAAAUACAAUGGCCACCCCACAUGUUCUAGCCAUUCCUUAUCCAGCACAAGGCCAUGUUAUCCCCUUAAUGGAAGUUUCACUACGGCUAGUAAAACAUGGCAUCAAAGUCACAUUUGUGAAUACGGAAUUCAAUCACAAGAGAGUUGUCGAAGCAUUAUCAGAGACAGAAAACACACAAGAAAAAGAAAGUGUAAAUUUGGUAGCAAUCCCAGAUGGAAUUGAACCAUGGGAGGACAGAAAUGAACUGGGAAAAUUAUCCGAAGCAAUUUUGAAUUUCAUGCCUGGGAAGUUGGAGGACUUAAUCCAAAAGAUAAACGAAACAGAUAGAGAUAGAAUUAUGUGUGUUAUAGCAGAUUAUGGCAUGGGAUGGGCGCUGGAGCUAGCCAAGAAGUUGGGAAUCAAGACAGUAGCCUUCUGCUCGGCCGCAGCUGCUAUGUUGAACUUACUUGCUAACUGUCCAAAGCUGAUUGACGACGGAAUCAUCGACAGUGAUGCCAGUGGUGGAUUUAGGUGGUGGCGAGUUAGGACGACUGCCCUAUAUUCACCGACGGCCGCCUUAGAUGUAUUCACCGUAACCGUUGGAAUGUUGCAGAGUAGAAUGUAGCUGUCCUAGUUGGAUUUACCGAUCGUCGGAGGAAGAGGACGCACAGGAAGAAAGAGGAGGAAGAGAGGAUCAUCCAUAUGGAACUUUUUUUUUUUGGGUACCUGCAAGUGAUCGCGCAGGAAAGUCCAAUUCACUACGUGACUGUUUGAGAGAGAAUUUACACAGAGAAGAUGAUGAAGAGAAAGAUGAGGCCGUGGAAUUUAUAGAGUGAGCUCGUAGCCACUGGGUGUUUGGCAAAGAUCAAUAGUGGCUAGGCUUUGACUUUGAUUUGAAAUUUGCACACAGACACAGAGAUUAACUGUCUAUUACUUGAAGUUUGAAUCUUGAAUCUAGAUUUUAGUCUUAUCCUUGGCUUCACGCAAGCAUUUUUUUUGGGUUCUGCAAUUUGUGCCUUCGAAGCAGCAAAUUGGUUUUGAAAUUCUUGACCCCACAAAUACCAACUCCAAUGGAUGAUGCUGAUUUUGGAUUAUCUCACUGUUUUUAUUGUAUUUUCUAAUCUGAUUAUUUAAUGUUCUAUAUUUAAUACUAUUAUUUUAGGUUCA